AUGGAGGUACAGGUUAUCUCAGCACAGGGCUUCACACACAUGCACAUGCAAACACAUGCACGCGAAGAGCAGGUUAUCCUUAAAUAUUGUUUGAGGGGAGAAUGCACAGCACAGCUCUACUUCUCUAUGUUCUUCGGGGCUACCAAGUGCUUUCUUCUGGCCAUGAUGGCCUACGGCUUGUAUCUGGCCAUCUGUAGCCCACUGCACUACUCUUUCCUGAUGAGUCCUGAGAUCUGCACCAAGUUGGUGGCAAUCUCCUGGUUGACAGGGAUCAGCACAGGAUUCCUGCCCUCCUUGAUGAUUUCCAAGUUGGAUUUUUGUGGGCCCAACCAGAUCAAUCAUUUCUUCUGUGACCUCCCUCCCCUUAUGCAGCCCUCAUGUUCCAAUGUUUAUAUCACUGAGAUGGUCAUCUUUACCCUGUCAGCUGCUGUGCUGUGCAUUUGCUUUUUUCUUACACUUGUGUCCUAUGUUUUUAUUGUGUCCUCCAUAUUGAAAAUUCCUUCAGCCUCUGGCCAGGUGAAGACCUUUGCCACAUGUGGCUCCCAUUUGGCUGUUGUCACUAUCUACUGUGGAACCACGGUCUCCACGUAUGUCCCCAAUCUCCACCUGUCACCAGAAAUCAACAAGAUUAUUUCUGUCUUCUAUACUGUGGUCACCCCACUGCUGAACCCUGUUAUCUACAGCUUGAGAAACAAAGACUUCGAAGACGCUGUUAGAAAAGUCAUGAGAAGGACUUUUGGCAUCUAUGGAGUAAGAGUGAAGUCAGGUUUCUUUAUUGGAUAA